AUGGUAAAUGAAAGCAAAAACAUGUACAUCCCGGAGGACACCCUUGAGAAUCAUCAAGGCUCCGACUACUCUCCCCCUCCCCCUCCCCCUCUUCCUCGCCCUCCUCCCCCUGGCCUGACCAACGAGCACAGUGGCGGAGGUAGCCACGGAGACCAUGGUGGAGGAGGGGGCGGGGUCAAUCAUGGGGUCGGCGUGGUCGGCCUGGCCCCUGAGCACAUUCCCACGCCGGGAGCGGCCCUGAGCUGGCAAGCAGCCAUUGAUGCAGCGCGGCAGGCGAAGAUGAUGGGCAACGCGGCAUCAGGCGGAGGGGCGGGUCUCGGGUUGGGAGGAGGUGGGCCCAUCUCCACGGCCAGCUCCACGCAAAGGAAGAGACAACACUACAGCUCCAAGCCCAAGAAACAGACCACAACGACAGCCACAAGGCCGCCGCGAGCCCUCCUCUGCCUCACGCUCAAGAACCCCAUCCGCAGGGCCUGCAUCAGCAUCGUAGAAUGGAAACCAUUUGAGAUCAUCAUCCUGAUGACCAUUUUCGCUAACUGUGUGGCCUUAGCCGUCUACAUCCCCUUCCCCGAGGAUGACUCGAAUGCCACCAACUCCAACCUGGAGCGUGUGGAGUAUCUGUUCCUCAUCAUUUUCACGGUGGAGGCGUUCCUGAAGGUGAUAGCCUACGGCCUGCUCUUCCACCCAAACGCCUACCUAAGGAACGGCUGGAAUUUGCUCGACUUCAUCAUUGUAGUCGUAGGGUUAUUCAGUGCGAUCUUGGAGCAGGCCACCAAGGGUGACGGGGCCACUACUAUUGGAGGAAAGGCGGCAGGCUUCGAUGUCAAAGCUCUGCGGGCAUUCAGAGUACUCAGACCCCUUAGACUGGUCUCUGGAGUACCCAGUUUACAGGUAGUGUUGAACUCCAUAAUCAAAGCCAUGGUUCCUUUGCUUCAUAUCGCCCUGCUGGUCCUCUUUGUCAUCAUCAUCUAUGCCAUCAUCGGCCUGGAGCUCUUCAUGGGCAAGAUGCACAAGACCUGUGUUCACAAGGAUAAAGGCACCAUUCAGGAGGAAAAGCCGGCACCAUGUGCACCUGAAACAGCUUUUGGUCGACACUGUAAACCUGUAAACGGAACAGAGUGUAAAAUGGGAUGGGAGGGUCCAAAUGACGGCAUCACCAACUUUGACAACUUUGCCUUCGCCAUGCUGACCGUGUUCCAGUGUAUCACCAUGGAGGGCUGGACUGAUGUGCUGUACUGGAUGCAGGAUGCUAUGGGCUAUGAGCUGCCAUGGGUCUAUUUUGUCUCUCUCGUCAUCUUCGGCUCCUUUUUCGUUCUCAAUCUCGUUCUGGGGGUGUUGAGCGGAGAGUUUUCUAAGGAGAGGGAGAAGGCCAAGGCACGUGGUGACUUCCAGAAACUCAGAGAAAAACAGCAGCUGGAGGAGGAUCUCAAGGGCUACUUAGACUGGAUCACUCAAGCUGAAGACAUCGACCCAGAGAAUGAAGAGGAAGGGCUGGACGAUGACAAACCCAGAAACCUGAGCAUGCCAGCCAGUGAGAAUGAAUCAGUCAACACAGACAAUGUCCCCGGGGGAGACGUGGAGGGGGAGACCUGCUGUACCAGGCUAGCAAAUAGGAUCUCCAAAUCCAAGUUCAGUCGGUACUCGAGGAGGUGGAACAGGCUGUGUAGGAGGAAGUGUCGGGCGGCGGUCAAAUCGCAGGUUUUCUAUUGGCUGGUCAUCUUCCUGGUUUUCCUCAACACUCUGACCAUCGCGUCUGAACAUCACCAGCAGCCUCAGUGGUUAACUGAUGUACAAGAUAUAGCCAAUAAGGUGUUGCUAGCACUCUUUACCGGUGAGAUGCUCUUGAAGAUGUACAGUCUGGGCCUACAGGCAUACUUUGUCUCGCUCUUCAAUCGAUUCGACAGCUUCGUUGUAUGUGGAGGAAUACUUGAGACCAUUCUGGUGGAAACUAAAAUCAUGUCUCCUCUUGGCAUUUCUGUGCUCCGUUGCGUACGCUUGCUGCGAAUCUUCAAAAUAACCAGAUACUGGAACUCUCUGUCCAACCUGGUGGCCUCUCUGCUUAACUCUGUUCGAUCCAUCGCUUCCCUGUUGCUCCUACUGUUCCUCUUCAUCAUCAUCUUCUCCCUACUCGGCAUGCAGCUUUUUGGGGGAAAGUUCAACUUCGACGAGACCCGACGCAGCACCUUUGACAACUUCCCCCAGUCUUUGCUCACUGUGUUUCAGAUCUUAACAGGAGAAGACUGGAAUUCUGUGAUGUAUGAUGGCAUCAUGGCGUACGGUGGACCGUCGUUCCCCGGCAUGCUGGUCUGCAUCUACUUCAUCAUCCUCUUCAUCUGCGGAAACUAUAUCCUACUGAAUGUCUUCUUGGCCAUCGCUGUGGACAAUCUGGCAGACGCAGAGAGCCUAACAUCCGCCCAGAAAGAGGAAGAGGAGGAGAAGGAAAGGAAAAAACUAGCCAGGCUCGCCAGUCCAGAGAAGCGUCACAACAACGAGAAGCCUCCUCUUGAGGAGGAGAAGAAAGAGAAGAUAGAGCUGAAGUCUAUCACAUCUGAUGGAGAGACCAACACUGCCACAAAGAUCAACAUGGAUGACUACUGUGGAGAUGAGAGUGAAGAGAAAAAUCCAUAUCCUGCUAAUGAUUACAUAGGAGAUGAGGAUGAUGAUGAGCCAGAGAUGCCAGUGGGUCCGAGACCGCGGCCGCUUUCCGACAUUCAGCUGAAGGAGAAGGCUGUUCCCAUGCCGGAGGCCCCCGCUUUCUUCGUCUUCAGUCACACAAACAAAUUUAGGGUUCUGUGCCAUAAGAUUGUCAACCACAACAUCUUCACAAACCUCAUCCUCUUCUUCAUCCUGCUCAGCAGCAUCAGUCUGGCAGCAGAGGAUCCAGUCCAGAAUGACUCCUUUAGAAACACGAUCCUGGGCUAUGCCGACCAUGUAUUUACUGGACUUUUCACCAUAGAGAUUAUUCUUAAGAUGACGGCCUACGGAGCCUUCCUCCAUAAAGGUUCAUUCUGUAGGAACUAUUUUAACAUUCUGGACCUGGUGGUGGUCAGUGUGUCCCUCAUCUCCUCUGGAAUACAACUAGACUUCUCGACGUCCAGUGCAAUUAAUGUGGUGAAGAUCCUGAGAGUUCUGCGAGUGCUCAGGCCACUGAGGGCCAUCAACAGAGCCAAGGGACUGAAGCAUGUAGUGCAGUGCGUGUUUGUGGCCAUCAGGACUAUCGGCAACAUCGUCAUUGUCACCACGUUGCUCCAGUUCAUGUUUGCCUGCAUUGGAGUACAACUCUUCAAGGGCAAGUUCUUCUACUGCAGUGACAGCUCUAAACAGACUGAGGCAGACUGCAGAGGUUCCUACAUCAUGUAUAAGGAUGGUGAUGUGGGGAAACCUGAGAGAGCCAUGAGAAAGUGGGAGAACAGUGACUUUAACUUUGACGAUGUCCUGCAAGGCAUGAUGGCGCUGUUUGCUGUGUCUACCUUUGAGGGCUGGCCAGGGUUACUGUACCGGGCCAUAGACUCUCACUCUGAGGACGUUGGGCCCAUCUACAACUACCGUGUGGUCAUCUCUAUCUUCUUUAUCAUCUACAUCAUCAUCAUUGCCUUCUUCAUGAUGAACAUCUUUGUCGGUUUCGUCAUCGUUACAUUCCAGGAGCAAGGAGAGCAAGAAUAUAAGAACUGUGAGCUGGACAAGAACCAGCGUCAGUGUGUGGAGUAUGCCUUGAAGGCCCGCCCAUUGCGUCGUUACAUCCCUAAGAACCCCUACCAGUACAAAGUGUGGUAUGUGGUUAAUUCCACUUACUUUGAGUACCUGAUGUUCACGCUCAUCCUCCUCAACACCAUCUGUCUGGCCAUGCAGCAUCAUGGGCAGACCACAAAGUUCAAUGAUGCCAUGAACAUCCUCAACAUGCUCUUCACUGGACUCUUCACUGUGGAGAUGAUCCUUAAACUAAUCGCCUUCAAACCCAGGGGGUACUUUAGUGAUCCCUGGAAUGUGUUUGAUUUCCUCAUCGUAAUUGGCAGCAUAAUAGACGUCAUUCUCAGUGAGAUCAACCAUUAUUUUGUUGAUGCAUGGAACACAUUUGAUGCCUUGAUAGUUGUGGGUAGCAUUGUUGACAUAGCGAUCACUGAGGUUAACCCAGCUGACUCCUCCUCGUCCUCGUCCUCCUCCUCUUCGUCCUCCUCCUCCUCCUCUUCCUCCUCUCACCCCCCUGUGGUAAGGCCAAUGGGACUGCAGAACUCUGAAGAGAACGCCAGGAUCUCCAUCACCUUCUUCCGGCUGUUCCGCGUGAUGAGGCUGGUGAAGCUGCUGUCUCGCGGGGAAGGGAUUCGGACCCUGCUGUGGACCUUCAUCAAAUCCUUCCAAGCUCUGCCCUACGUAGCUCUGCUUAUAGUGAUGCUAUUCUUCAUAUACGCUGUCAUCGGUAUGCAGAUGUUUGGUAAAAUAGCGCUGCAGGACCACACUCAGAUCAACAGGAACAACAAUUUCCAGACGUUCCCUCAGGCAGUGCUGCUGCUCUUCAGAUGUGCGACAGGUGAGGCGUGGCAGGAGAUCAUGCUGGCGUGCUCGCCCCAGAAGCCGUGUGAGAAAGGAUCAACCACUGAGAACAGCCCUCACAAUGAGGACUGUGGCAGCCAGUUUGCUAUCAUUUACUUUGUCAGCUUCUACAUGCUCUGUGCCUUUCUGAUCAUCAAUCUCUUCGUGGCUGUCAUCAUGGACAACUUUGACUACCUGACGCGUGAUUGGUCGAUCCUGGGGCCGCAUCAUCUUGACGAAUUUAAGAGGAUCUGGGCUGAAUAUGACCCAGAAGCCAAGGGGAGGAUAAAGCACCUGGAUGUGGUGACUCUGCUCCGGAGAAUUCAGCCUCCCCUUGGCUUUGGAAAGCUCUGUCCACACAGGGUGGCCUGCAAGCGUCUGGUGUCAAUGAACAUGCCUCUGAACAGUGAUGGAACAGUGAUGUUCAACGCCACACUGUUUGCCCUGGUCAGGACCGCACUCAGGAUAAAGACAGAAGGUAACCUGGAGCAGGCCAAUGAAGAACUGAGGGCCAUAGUUAAGAAGAUCUGGAAGAGAACCAGCAUGAAACUCCUGGAUCAAGUAGUGCCCCCUGCUGGCGACGAUGAAGUUACAGUUGGGAAGUUCUACGCUACCUUCCUCAUUCAGGAAUACUUCCGCAAGUUUAAGAAGAGGAAAGAACAAGGACUGGUGGCCAAAGUGCCCCCCAAAACUGCUCUCUCUCUGCAGGCGGGCCUGCGGACAUUGCAUGACAUUGGUCCAGAGAUUCGGAGGGCCAUCUCUGGAGACUUGACCGUGGAGGAGGAGCUGGAUAAAGGCAUAAAGGAACCCGUGUCGGCUGCAUCCGAGGACGAUAUCUUCAGGGUAAAGCGGGCGGGUGGGUUGUUCGGCAACCACGUCAACUACUACAACCAGAGUGAUGGUCGUGGGUCCUUCCCACAGUCCUUCACUACUCAGCGUCCGUUGCACAUCAGCCAGAAGGGCUCUCCCUGUGAAGGCGAGAGUCCAUCCCAUGAGAAGCUCAUGGACUCAACUACCUUCACCCCUUCCUCUUACUCUUCAUCUGGCUCCAAUGCCAACAUCAACAAUGCCAACAACACUGGCAUGGCUGGGGUGGCGACCCAGGGCAUCAGUCGAUUCCCAAGCCCUUCAAUAAGCACUGUGGACGGGCACACGGGACAGCCGCUCACCCCCAUCCUGCUGCCUAGAUCUGCGUGGUGCUUCCCUCCAAAGAGGACGUGUUUUUAUGACACCCUCAUGCGCUCGGACUCGAGUGACAGCCGUCUGCCAAUGAUCCGGAGAGGCGAGGGGUCAACAGAGGAGACGUACGAUGAGAGCUACGCUGACGACAGGGAGUAUCCCGAGGACGACCACUCACUCUCCUCUGACAUGCUGGUGUAUGGUCAUGAUGAAACAUGUAAGCAGUUGACUCCCAUGGAGGAAGGAGAGGCGAUAGAGGACAGAAGAGGAGGAUGGCAAUCUCCCAGGAGAGUCUUCCUCUGCCCCACUUCUCUGGGGCGGAGAUCGUCCUUCCAUCUGGAGUGUCUGAGGAGACAGUCACGGCCAGAUGUCUCCCAGAAGACAGCUGUACCGCUACACCUUGUACAUCAUCAGGCUCUGGCAGUGGCAGGGUUGAGUCCUCUGCUAAGAAGGAGUCACUCACCCACCCUCUUCAGCCGGCUGUGUUCCACGCCUCCAGCCAGUCCCACAGCCCAUGGCAGUGAUGCCUCCUACCAGCGAGUCCCGUCUCUGAGGCUAGAGGGCUCCAACUCCCAUGAAAAGCUCAAUACCAGCUUGCCCUCUGUCAACUGUGGGCCGUGGUACAGCGACAGUAAUGGGAACAGCCGGGUACCCAGUCCUAACCCCAAUCAAAGACCACCGCGACCAGUGUCACUCACAGUGCCCUCGUUACUUGGAAGAGACUCCAGCUCACUACUGUCUCAUGGCAGUGCAGGCAGUCUAGUGGAGGCGGUGCUAAUAUCAGAGGGCUUGGGCCAGUUCGCCCAGGACCCAUCCUUCAUUGAGGCCACCAAAGCUGAGUUGGCUGAUGCCUGCGAUAUGACCAUCGAGGAGAUGGAGCACGCCGCCAACAACAUUCUCAAUGGCAACACCACCACAAACGCCACAUCCAGCACCUCCUCCACCUCCCAGCACAGCCCCAAUGGCAACCUCCUCCCCUUCCACACAGCAGCAGCAACACACAGGGAACGAGCGGUCAGCUUGACUCCCAGUGAGGACGGGGGAGAGUCUGGAAGCAGCAGAGGCUCCAUCCAUGAGCCAUCCUCAUUGGAGGAGCGGCAAGAGCUUUUAGCAGGAGGGACAGGACGAGAAGAGGAGGAAGAAGAGGUGUUAGGGACGGAGGACGGGCACCACAGAAGCUCAGUUGUGAUUGGAGGAGCACGGCAGAGGAACAGCGGGCUGUUGGAGGACGAAGAUUUGGAGUGUGUGACAAGUUUGUAGGAGUCGGCUUAACGGGUUCGAUUGGCCGACUGGCCCCUCUGACAUCAUCAGAGACUGACGCUUGUCAGUGCUGGGUAACAGUGCCGCGGCUGGCUCUGUCUGUCCCUGCCCCUCACACACACAC